UGUCUGAGCAAAUACAUAAAGCACCGUCUUGGUCUGAGGUUUGGCCCAGUUAAAAGCGUGGUGCGUUCAUGUUCAGGGCAGGUGUUAGUAAACCACAAAGUUCUCACAAACAGGAAACUCAAUCAACUCUACAUGAUGGAGAGUCAGACCCAGGCCUGCUUGGGUCCUGGUUUAGUGACGUUAAGUCCAGUUAGCUGAGUUAGACCUGUUUUAGUCCUGGUUUAGAUCUGUUUGUGUCCUGAUUUAACCCUGGUCCAGUGGUUUAAACGCUGACUGAAGAUGCUUUUGUUCGCUUCAGUUUUGAUGGUGCUAUGGGUCAGGAGCCAAGGCCUCAGGGUAAGUCCAGACCAGUUCCAGUUCUUCCGUUGGGACUCGGUGGUCUUGGACUGUGAAAACCCGGACUGGAUCCUGCUCCGGACCACACGCUGGGAUUCUGGGACGCGCUGUGGAGAGGGCUGGGGUGAACCACGAGAGCUCCAGUGUUUUCUCCGCUACAUUGACCCCAUGGACAGUGGCUGGUACUGGUGUGAGAGCAGAGAGGGCCAGAACCACGGGGGGCGCAACGUCACAGUCACAGAUCAAUUUGGGCCACGAUCAGAGACUCCACCCCCCUUCACUGAGACCCCGCCUCCACUUGAAUACACCCUGGCCCUAUUCACAAAGUCUCCUGCAGAGACCCCGUCCCCCUCAGAGCGCCCCCUGGCUGUGGCUCUGCUCUGUCACCUGCUGGUGCUGUGUCCUUAUGUGCUGGCCACUGUUAUCAUGGUCUCAAUCUUCAGACACGCUCGCUCAGGAAACCACGAGCAGCCCAGGAAGAUGAUGUCACCAACAGAAUCAGGGAUGGGACUGAAUGAUAUCACAGUGGUCACCACAGAAUACUGCUUCUGAAGUUUUUAUUUUUCACAAAGGACUUAAAGGGCCCAUAUUAUGUUGUUUUCUGUUAUCAUUUUGUUCAGCUGAUAGGUGUCAUGUGGUAAUACAGGAAGGGCUCCACUGUGUGUGUGUCUACUUUUUAAACUCCAUACACUUCACUAGAAUGGUUUGGAUGAUGCCAGGUCUGGAAUUGUCAAUCCCUGCUGAAUUAACGUUAAAAAAAAAGUAGCUGUUAACUUGAAAAACUACCAUUUCAUUAUAUAAUAACAUAAAAGAGCAUUUUGAGGUUUGGAGCUGCUUAGAAUUACAUUGCUUAGAAUUCUUAGGUUUGUUUUUUGGAGGUCUCUGCUAUCGAUGGACAGAACAGAAAAUGUAUUUGCAAUCACAGUUAAAGUGUGAGUUGUUUGUUUACAUUGUGUCUAAUUUUCCAAUUAAACUGUUUCUUUUUCACCUAAUUAACCUCACAGAAAACAUAAAGUGACCCUUUUUCUACACCCAACACAGCUCAUGAACUUGAAUGGAAUGGUAAAUACGCACAAGUGCCAUGUAUCCAUAAGUGCGUCAGCCAUAGUGUCCGGUGUUUCAGUUUCAGGAGUUCAGUUUGGCCAGUAUACAGUAUUGAUUCAGCAGAGUAAAAACAUAUCAUUUUCAAAGCCAAAUAGUUUUGAAUAUGAUGGAGCCCAAAGGUUCUGAUACUGAUACUGAUGUCCAGUUGGUUUGCAGUAUCAGUACUUACGCA